AUGUCUAAUAAGGCAUCGAGACCCCUCUCCAAGCUAUGCUGUCUAGAGCCUAUCUGCGCAAUGAGGGUCUUUUCCACUCAAUCCAAUCUUAACAGGCACAUGAGGUCCAAGCAUGGUCCAUCAGUUCCUGUGUUCUGCGGCAAAUUACUACCAAACCACUCGUCGAACGUCAAGCGCCACAUGAACACUUGUCAAGACUGUCUCGCAGCUAUGAAACUCAUGAUGAAUAUCAUGGCAGACAACGUUGCAGGGGACCCUUAG